AUGCUGGUCCAGGAUCCAGCUACAUCCGAAUUCCACGUCCUACCGCCCCAGGCGACUGUAGCAGCACCUACAGCUACGCCAUGCCGCCCGCCACAAGCACCUUUAGCGAUUGCCGAUUCCGCUAGAGCCGCAUCUGGCGGCGCAGAAAGCGGCGGGGGAGGCGGAGCAAGGGACAAUAAGUUCUUGCGCGUGUCAAUUCAGUCUGUUGCGCUCGCGUUGGCGUUCAGCGGAGCGGCGGCGUUUCUCCGCAUGCUGCUGUCCGCGCUCCCCCCGGACUUCCUGUCGCGCUGGAAGAAGCUGUUUGCGGAGCAGCCUCACUUCGACCCCAAGACGGCCGUCGAAGCGCGCCGAGCCACCGCCAUCUACGACUGCCACGGCGAAUUAAUCGCCACCGUCGUUCCCGGCGGGUUCGGCGGGCGGCGGAAGGACGCGAGCAAGGGGCAGGCGCCGUUAAAGCCGACGGAGGUGCCGGCGGUGAUGUGGCAGGCGGUUAUUGCGACGGAGGACCGACGGUUCUUCGAACACCAGGGGUUCGAUCCCAAGGGUCUGACACGUGCCAUUAUGUCAUUGGCGCGGACGGGAGGCGGGAGUACGAUCACGCAGCAGGUGAGGGGUGGUGUGCGGGGAGGGCGGACGGGCAGGGCCGACGGCUCACUCUCCUGCGCUUCUCCCCCGCCCACCCUGCCGCGUCUCCCCCUCCUCUUCCUUCCGCAACCUUCUCGCGCCCGCGUCUCGCCCCCCUCUCAGCUGGUGAAGAACGUGUUUCUGUCGAAUGAGCGGCGGUGGACGCGCAAGCUGGUGGAGAUUAUACUGGCCGUGAUUAUAGAGAGGCGCAUGACCAAGUGGGACAUCCUGCACCUCUACCUCAAUAAGAUCUACUGGGGCCACGGCGUGACGGGGCUGGAGGCGGCAUCGGCGCUCUACUUUGGAAAGCACCCGUCGCUGCUCACGCUGGGCGAGUGCGCCAUGCUGGCUGGUAUCAUCCCCGCGCCCGAGCUCCUCUCGCCCUACCGCGACCCCUCCAGGUACCACCUGCACCAGGUGUCGCCUGCCCUCACAGGGGCCGCAAGCCGCAGGCGCGCGCACUGA